AUGUCGGCGGUCGACAUCCCCAAAAUUGAAGCAGGAAACCUGUUCAAUGUCAAUGGCCUCGUAGCUGUCAUCACUGGCGGUGGCUCAGGACUUGGGCGCAUGAUGGCUAGAGCCCUGGCCGCGAAUGGGGCGUCCAAGGUCUUCAUUAUCGGUCGGCGUGAAAACAGCCUGAAGGAGACUGCCGAAUCUGUUCCCGGGGGCGCCAUCAUCCCCCUGGUGGGCGACGUGACCUCGAAGGACUCGCUUCAACAAUGUGUUGAGAAGGUCAAAGCAGAAGUCGAUUAUGUCGACGUCCUCGUGGCAAACAGCGGGAUAUCUGGCCCAUCCGUGCCAACACUAGAUGCCAACCAGAAACCUGUAUCCCUCGAGGACCUAGCCAAGAAUAUGUGGAAGCCGGAACCGGAAGAGGUCACGCAGACAUACGCCAUCAAUAUCACUGGUGUUCAUUUCACCAUUGCGGCAUUUCUCCCGCUUCUGGAUGCGGCAAACAAGAAGAGGCCGGCCCCGUCAGUGGACAACUUCACACCCCGUCCUCAGAUCAUCACUACCGGAUCUAUUGGAGGAUUCAAUCGCAAGCCUCUAGGGAAUCUCAGCUACGGCCCCAGCAAGUCUGGGGUGAUGUUUCUGUCGAAGCAGUUGGCGACGGCGCUUGUGCCUUACGAUAUCAGGGUGAACACGAUUGCCCCAGGGCUUUACUAUUCGGAAAUGACCCAUGGAAUGUACCAAGCUCAAGGAAAAACCGAGACUCACAAUGUCGAGGGCACGUUCAGCAAAGAUGUUGUCCCUGCAACCAGAACCGGUGACGAGCAGGACAUGGCAGGCGUCAUCUUGUGGCUCUGCUCGCGAGCGGGAGCUUAUAUCAACGGAUGUGUCGUGGUCACGGACGGUGGACGGCUGAGUGUUCUGCCUUCAGCAUAUUAA